CUCGGCUGUCCCGGCGGCGCCAACCGAAGCGCCCCGCCCGCCGCCGAGAUGCUGCGCCGCGCCGUGCUGUGCCUCGCCCUGGCCGUGACGGCCCGGGUGGGCGCCGAGGCGCCCGAGGAGGAGGACAACGUCCUGGUGCUGAAGAGCAGCAACUUCGCCGAGGCGCUGGCGGCCCACCGGCACCUGCUGGUGGAGUUCUACGCCCCGUGGUGCGGCCACUGCAAGGCGCUGGCUCCUGAAUACGCCAAGGCGGCCGGGAAGCUGAAGGCAGAGGGCUCCGACAUCCGGCUGGCCAAGGUGGACGCCACCGAGGAGUCGGAGCUGGCCCAGCAGUACGGCGUCCGCGGCUACCCCACGAUCAAGUUCUUCAAGAACGGGGACACCACGUCCCCCAAGGAGUACACAGCUGGCAGGGAGGCCGACGACAUCGUGAACUGGCUGAAGAAGCGCACGGGCCCGGCUGCCACCACCCUGGCCGACGGCGCGGCCGCGGAGUCGCUGGUGGAGUCCAGCGAGGUGGCCGUCAUCGGCUUCUUCAAGGACGUGGAGUCGGACGCGGCCAGGCAGUUCCUGCUGGCCGCGGAGGCCAUCGACGACAUCCCGUUCGGGCUCACGUCGAGCAGCGAUGUGUUCUCCAGGUACCAGGUGGGCCAGGACGGCGUCGUGCUCUUCAAGAAGUUUGACGAGGGACGGAACAACUUCGAGGGGGAGGUCACCAAGGAGAAGCUGCUGGACUUCAUCAAGCACAACCAGCUGCCCCUGGUCAUCGAGUUCACCGAGCAGACGGCCCCGAAAAUCUUCGGAGGUGAGAUCAAGACGCACAUCCUGCUGUUCCUGCCCAAGAGCGCGGCCGACCACGACGGCCUGCUGAGCGGCUUCAAGCAGGCGGCCGAGGGCUUCAAGGGCAAGAUCCUGUUCAUCUUCAUCGACAGCGACCACGCCGACAACCAGCGCAUCCUCGAGUUCUUCGGGCUGAAGAAGGAGGAGUGCCCGGCCGUGCGGCUCAUCACGCUGGAGGAGGAGAUGACCAAGUACAAGCCCGAGUCGGACGAGCUCACGGCCGAGGGCAUCGCCGAGUUCUGCCGCCGCUUCCUGGAGGGCAAGAUCAAGCCCCACCUGAUGAGCCAGGAGCUCCCCGAGGACUGGGACCGGCAGCCGGUCAAGGUGCUGGUGGGGAAGAACUUCGAGGAGGUGGCCUUCGACGAGAAGAAGAACGUCUUCGUGGAGUUCUACGCCCCCUGGUGCGGCCACUGCAAGCAGCUGGCUCCCGUCUGGGACAAGCUGGGCGAGACGUACAAGGACCACCAGGACAUUGUCAUCGCCAAGAUGGACUCCACGGCCAACGAGGUGGAGGCGGUGAAAGUGCACAGCUUCCCCACGCUCAAGUUCUUCCCGGCCGGCCCCGGCAGGACGGUCAUAGACUACAACGGAGAGCGCACGCUGGACGGCUUUAAGAAGUUCUUGGAAAGUGGCGGUCAAGACGGAGCAGGAGACGACGACGGUCUGGAGGACCUAGAAGAAGCCGAGGAGCCGGACCUGGAAGAAGACGACGACCAGAAAGCCGUGAGAGACGAGCUGUGAGGCCGCGAGCCGCCGGGCAGGCCUGACCACGACGCCCCGGAGCCUGCACGGGCAGCACCGCCACCGGGGCGCCCUCCGGGCAGCCGCGCACCUGACGCCUGCGCGUCAGAGCCACCGCCUGCUGUGCUUUUCAGUUUCUGGAAAGGAAUUUGUCUCCAGGCCGGCCCGUCUCGGCAGGCAGCUUUUUAACCGUGAUGUACUUUUUUGUACACGUGUGUCCUCCGGAGGCUGCUCCGACGUCCGGGAUCUCACACUGGAGAGGUCACGGGGUCACGGCGAGUACUCCACCGUGGGAUCUGGAGACGUUUUUGGACGUCGGGGCAUUGUCCCACCGCAGCUGGGCCUCCCUGGAGGCGCCUGGCCCCGUGCGGGCAGGGGUGGAGCCAGGCUGGACACAGUCCCUGCCACCUGCGCCGGGGAGCCAGGACCAGAACGGCCUGGUUAGACGGAGGCUGUCGGAGGAGGAGGGGACCGUGGCUGCCAGCUGCAGGGCCCAGGACAGGCCUGGGCGGCCCCCUCCCUCCUCCAGCCAGGGCUCCUCCUGUCGCCGGCGCAUUGCUCUGUGGCCGCUGGACGCUCCCAGUGUGGCCUAUGCAAGGCGGAAGCAGGACCCCAAUUCCCCCGAUUCCCAGGCUGGGACCCAGCCAGGGAUGCCAGCGCCCAGCCGGAAGCCAACGGUUCUCCGGGCACCUGCACCACAAUCUUGGAAUCUGACACAUUGGCCAAAUAAAGUUGAAAUUUUACUACUCGG